UCUGCUCGGGCGGCGGCAGCGGCGGCGGCGGCGGCGGGACGCGGAGGCUCCCCCGGGACUCGGCCUCAGCAGUGAGGAGGCGGCGGCGGCGGCUGCGAAGGCGCAGGCAGCAGCUGAGGCAGCGGCGGGCUCAGGUGCAGCCGCUGAGUGAAGACAGUAGUCCAGAGAGGGAGGUGGAAAGCUACAGGCUGAACAUAACUUCUUUUUUUCAAAGUUCCCUGUAUUGUGAACUGAGCUUGAGUGAAGUCUUUGAGGAAGCUAAAGCUGUGUGUAUUUGUGGAUCAGACAAGUGCAGCAAGUUAAUAACAUUGGCUUCUGAAGGGGAGAGUGAGGUGAUGGCUGCGUUUAAGUUGGAUUUCCUUCCAGAAAUGAUGGUGGAUCAUUGCUCUUUGAAUUCCAGUCCCGUCUCAAAGAAAAUGAACGGCACCCUGGACCACCCAGACCAACCGGAUCUUGAUGCUAUCAAGAUGUUUGUGGGCCAGGUUCCAAGGACCUGGUCAGAGAAGGACUUGAGGGAACUGUUUGAACAGUAUGGUGCUGUCUACGAAAUCAACGUCCUAAGGGAUAGGAGCCAAAACCCUCCUCAGAGCAAAGGGUGCUGUUUUGUUACAUUUUACACCCGAAAAGCUGCAUUAGAAGCUCAGAAUGCUCUUCACAACAUGAAGGUCCUCCCAGGGAUGCAUCAUCCUAUACAGAUGAAACCUGCCGACAGUGAGAAGAACAAUGCAGUGGAAGACAGGAAGCUGUUUAUUGGUAUGAUAUCCAAGAAGUGCACUGAAAAUGACAUCCGAGUCAUGUUCUCUUCAUUCGGACAGAUUGAAGAAUGCCGGAUAUUGAGGGGACCUGAUGGCCUGAGCCGAGGUUGUGCAUUUGUGACCUUCACAACAAGAGCCAUGGCACAGACAGCUAUCAAGGCAAUGCACCAAGCACAGACCAUGGAGGGCUGCUCUUCCCCCAUGGUGGUAAAAUUUGCUGAUACACAGAAGGACAAAGAGCAGAAGAGAAUGGCCCAGCAGCUCCAGCAGCAGAUGCAGCAGAUCAGCGCAGCAUCUGUGUGGGGAAACCUUGCUGGUCUAAAUACUCUUGGACCCCAGUAUUUAGCACUUUAUUUGCAGCUCCUUCAGCAGACUGCCUCCUCUGGGAACCUCAACACCCUGAGCAGCCUCCACCCAAUGGGAGGGUUAAAUGCAAUGCAGUUACAGAAUUUGGCUGCACUAGCUGCUGCAGCUAGUGCAGCUCAGAACACACCAAGUGGUACCAAUGCUCUCACUACAUCCAGCAGUCCCCUCAGCGUACUCACCAGUUCAGCAGGGUCCUCACCCAGCUCCAGCAGCAGCAGCUCUGUCAAUCCCAUCGCCUCCCUUGGAGCUCUACAGACACUAGCUGGAGCAACAGCAGGCCUCAACGUCAGCUCUUUGGCAGGGAUGGCUGCUUUAAAUGGUGGGCUGGGCAGCAGUGGCCUUUCUAAUGGCACUGGGAGCACCAUGGAGGCCCUCACGCAGGCCUACUCGGGGAUCCAGCAAUAUGCUGCAGCGGCGCUCCCCACUCUGUACAACCAGAACUUGUUGACACAGCAGAGUAUUGGUGCUGCUGGAAGCCAGAAGGAAGGUCCAGAAGGAGCCAAUCUGUUCAUCUACCACCUGCCCCAGGAGUUUGGAGACCAGGACCUGCUGCAGAUGUUCAUGCCCUUUGGGAAUGUCGUGUCUGCCAAGGUUUUCAUAGACAAGCAGACAAACCUGAGCAAGUGCUUUGGUUUUGUAAGUUACGACAAUCCUGUUUCGGCUCAAGCUGCCAUCCAGUCCAUGAACGGCUUUCAGAUUGGCAUGAAGCGGCUUAAAGUGCAGCUCAAACGUUCGAAGAAUGACAGCAAGCCCUACUGAGCGUGCUCCCCUCUGAGACUGGAGUGAGAGGGUCUUCUGAUUCCUGCCGUUUGUUCAUCGUUGUGCCUAAAGCAUGUCGAUGUGGCGUCAAGUACAUCGUCCAAAUCCCUGUCUCUUCAGCUUCUCUGAUGCUUGAACUCUCACCUUUGACCUUGUGUUGACCUUUGAUGCUGACGUGUAUUUUUAUUAUGUUUGUUUCUUUCUUUGUUUUUUCUUUUUUCUUUCCUUUUUUUUUUCUUUUGUGCUGCCAAAUUGGUUUUGCUAGAACGACUGCUGAAGGGGAAAUAUUUAAACUUGCAUUUGAAUAUAAAAAAAUCUAUUUUUCUAGAACUUCAUAAGAUAACCACUUGAUUUUGUGAUUCCAAUUCUUUGUAAUUGUCUUCAGAGCAGCCCUACUAGCACAUACCGCGUGGUGUUUGUAUUUCUGUGAACACACAGCCAGUCUGUUUCUAGGCUUUGUUUCUCUGUGUGCUUAGUUUUAAAGACAACUUUGAAGUAAACAAUGAAAUAAAAGAUGUCACUAAAACCUUUGAGGCUCCUGAGCACAUUUUGCUGAUAUAGUUUGUGGGGCUUGAGGAGACCGCAUGUGUUCCCAUUUUUGUUUUUCUGAGUUCUCAACUGCAGAAAACACCUGAACUCUUUUUCCUUUUUGACCACCGGCUGCAGUUUGGGCCUCAGCCAGCCCUUUUUCUUGUGUGGUUCUUCCCUGGAGCAACCCUGCGGGGAGUCUGCAGAGCCCUCUGGCCCCUUCCCCUCAGCCCUGCUGUGCCCACCUCCAUGCUUCUUCCCACAGUCUCCACAGCAAAAUGUGAUGCUUUGAUUUUUUUGUUUUUGUAUUGUUUUUGUGUUUUUGUUUUGAAUUUUUUCCUUUCCUACUAAGAUUAUGCCCAGAAAAAACAAGUUUUGCAUGUUUCCUGCUGUUUCUUCACACCUUCGUAUAUAUCACCUUCACUUCUCUGUUUUCUAUAGUUUGUGCAGAAACUGACCGAUUUAAAAGGGUUUCAAAGAAGCUGUUUUAAAUUGAUGUGGGGUUAAUUUUUUUUUUCCAAGAUUGUAUUAUUUUUAUUUUGAAGUGGCAACUUUCUCCUCUAUUGCCCUUAGAGCGUUUGCCUGUGCACUUAGACUGUCACCUCAUAUGGCCUCCGGGUCUCGGCGGGGCCUUCAGGAGGCCGGUUGCUCUGCUCAGAGGCGGGUGGGAAGGGGGUCCAGAGAGGCACAGGGGCAGAGGUAGAACUCAGAAGGCGGCUGUGGGUGGGCGAGAGGCUAGUAAGCACCCUCAGCGCCGAAGAAGGAGUGCGCUCUUAGCCACUAGCAGGAGGCCGUCUGCGCCCGAAGUGGCAGUACAUCUGCAGCGCUUCUCCUAGGUGACAAGCACAAUACUACAGUCUUCACACUGUUUACAGCCCUGGGCACCAGCCACCCCACACUGGCUCCUCACUGCAGCUCGGCUCUUGCUCAGCUAGUGGGGUGGGGGUUAGGGCGGGUUUGGUUUUGUUUUUGUUUUUGUUUUGUUUUGUUUUUUUUUAAUUGGGUGAAGAGCCAAAUAGCUACUGUCCCUGGGUGCCAGGCAAGCCAGUUCCUUGGUUCCCCGAGGGGAACUUGCCCUCCUCUCUUGUGGCACCAUCCAGCCUCAGGGUCUUAGGGACUUGAGUAAGAAUGUGAAGGGCAGAGGGAGAGGUCAGAGGAGAUGAGAGGUCACAUGAUGGAUCUGUGGAGGUACGAGGUUGCAGAGGGAGGAGUUUGGGAUAGAUCCCACCCAGGCCUAAGCUGCUGGUGGGUGAGAGAGCUGCGAAGUAGGAUUUCCAGGGAAGGAUGGAGAGGGGUAGCCAAGGGACUGGGGGGAGGGGGGUGGGAAGGUAGAAGCACUGUUAGCAUCAUCCAUGCUGGAGUUGAUAAAGGAAGGGAUCUCGGCAGAGUUUCUGCUCUGGGACCUGGCAGGUUGCCUAGUAUUAAUUAUGCUUGAAGCCACUCUUACUAGAAGGGAAGGGCGGCCAGGUGGAGACCCAGUGUAUGGUAGGCUGCUUAAUUUCUUCGAAGGGGUGAUUGGAUGGAAAGAGGCCAGGAACCCCAGCCUGAGCGAGACUGCCGUGCACCCCACAGUCUGACUGCACAGAGCUGCCUCUCUUGGCAGAAGGCGCUGAGGCUCCCCUUCCUGUGUAUUCAGAACCCAUGUUUGCCAAUAUAUUUUGCUUUCAAUUCCAAGAGGAGCUCUGGGAAAACCUGUGGAUAAAACCAAAUGCCAAACGUUGGACGUUGUUUCCUUUUCCUUUUCUCUCUGAUUGUUUUAAUUGUUCUGUGGUGGUUUUAAUGGAUUUGAGACCCUGGAGCGGCAGCUGCCUUUCUGAUUUCCAGCUGCUUUUUGUGAAUAAUUUAAAAAGAAAAAAAAAAAAGAAACUUUACAUUUUGGAGACAAACCUGUGUGAGUUUUUUAUUGGUACAAACGUUGUAUUUAACACUAGGGGUUUUGUACAGUUUUUUGCCUUUUCUACUAGAAAACAAUGUAAAGUGAUUUCACAAUGUGAAGAGAAAAAAAUUGCCACUAUGACCAAACGCACAGUCUGUUCUGCAGCAACAAUGGGAUUCAAUCAACUCAAAGUCGUGAUUCAGCCGUAGAAAUGCUUUUUCUUUACCUUGUUUGAGCUUUUCCUUUCUUUCCUGUUUUGAUUUGCAAAAGAAAAUGUCUUUUUUGUGUGAACUUGUGUUGUACUAUGUAGAAAAUUAUGAAUUUUACUUUAAUGGUUUUAAAAAAAAGGCAAGAAGAGCCCUUGUCGCUUUUCUGACCUGAUCACAGAGUUUGUGUAGUGGAUUAAAAAAGAAAAAAAAUUGUUACCAGUUUCGAGCAAGGGAGUAUGUGUCUAAAAGGAAUCUCCUUCCUUUUCUGUGUGUUUUUCCUUUUGUCCCAAUGGGGAACCUAAAUCUGUUUUAAUUGCACAGACACACGGACAAAAAGUCAUUUUGUAUCUGCCAAGUGUGGUACCUUCCUUUGUUUAUUUGCUAUUAAACUGUUUGAGAAGAA